CUGAUUCUCAUCUUCGGCGCCUCCUCCAUCCCUCGCCGACUGAUAACCCCCUCCGCCAGGGCGUAGGCUCCUGUUAUCUCCCAGCCCUGGGCGCGUGAUGACUGGGUUGUUGUGACUGCCCUCUGCCCUCAUUCGUGUCGCGCGUACCUCGUCAAGAUGUACGUCAAACAGAUUAUCAUCCAAGGCUUUAAAAGCUACAAGGACCAAACGGUCAUCGAACCUUUCUCUCCCAAACACAAUGUGAUCGUGGGUCGCAAUGGUUCCGGGAAGAGUAACUUCUUCGCGGCCAUUCGCUUCGUCCUUAGUGAUGCCUACACUCACCUGGGUCGAGAGGAGCGUCAGGCUCUUCUUCACGAAGGUUCCGGGUCGGCGGUGAUGUCGGCUUACGUGGAGAUCAUUUUCGACAACUCGGACGAUCGGUUCCCCACGGGAAAGCCGGAAGUCGUCCUCCGCCGGACCAUCGGGUUGAAGAAAGACGAAUACACGCUUGACCGCAAGAACGCUACCAAGUCCGAUGUUAUGAACCUCCUCGAAUCCGCCGGCUUUUCCCGCUCGAAUCCCUACUACAUUGUCCCGCAAGGUCGAGUGACGGCGUUGACCAACAUGAAGGACUCCGAACGGCUCAUCUUGCUGAAGGAAGUCGCGGGAACCCAGGUGUAUGAGGCCCGCCGCGCGGAAUCCCUGAAGAUCAUGCACGAAACGAACAACAAGCGAGGCAAGAUUGACGAGCUACUGGAUUUCAUCAACGAGCGUCUUGCAGAACUCGAGGAAGAAAAGGACGAACUGCGGAGCUACCAGGACAAGGACAAGGAGCGCCGGUGCCUGGAAUAUACGAUCUACUCCCGCGAACAGCAUGAAAUCUCCAGCUUCCUGGAUAGCCUUGAAGAGCAGAGACAGACCGGUGUUGAGGAUACGGAUCUUAACCGGGACCGCUUCAUCCAGGGCGAGAAAGAGAUGGCCCAGAUCGAUGCCGAAAUCGCGGAAUGCAAGCAGCAGAUCGAAUUCUUGAAGGUUGACAAAGCCCAGCUAGAGGACGAGCGUCGCGAAGCCUCAAAGUCCCUAGCACAGGUUGAGCUGCAAGCCAAAUCGCUAUCGGACAACCAAUCCGCCGCCCAUGCUCAGAAGAUCCGCCGAGACGAAGACCUGAAGGCUGUCCAGGACGCGAUUCAGGAGCGCGAGACAGAGCUGGAAGAGCUUAUGCCUCGGUUCAACGCGGCCAAAGACCAGGAAGAUGCAGUCAAAGCGCAACUCACCGAGGCGGAAACUGCACGCCAACGACUGUAUGCCAAGCAGGGUCGCAACUCCCGCUUCAGGAACAAGAGUGAGCGCGACAAGUGGCUACAGGCUGAAAUUAAGGACAACUACACGUCCAUAUCCACCGUGCAAGGUGUGAUGGCACAGACUCAAGAGGAUAUUCGGGAGUUUGAAAACGACAUCGCUGUGUUGGAGCCGGAGAUUGAACGUCUGCGCUUGCAGAUCGAUGGCAGAGGUGAUACCAUCCAGUCUGUCGAGCAGCAGGUUCAAGCUGCGAAAGAUGAGAGAGAUCGGCUCAUGGACCAGAGAAAGGAGCUCUGGAGAGAAGAGGCCAAGCUGGAUUCAAUCCUGUCGAAUGCUUCGAACGAAGUAGAGCGGGCAGAGCGCAACCUGUCCCAUAUGAUGGACCACAACACGAGUCGGGGAAUUGCAGCUGUCCGGAGAAUCAAGCGUCAGUAUAACCUCGAGGGGGUGUAUGGUACUCUAUCCGAACUGUUCGAGGUCAGCGACAGAUACCGCACAUCCGUCGAAGUCACCGCAGGUCAGAGUUUGUUCCACUAUGUCGUCGAUACCGACGAGACCGCGACGAAGGUUCUGGAGAUCCUCCAACAGGAGAAAGCAGGCCGAGUCACAUUCAUGCCGUUGAACCGACUGCGAUCUAAGCCGAUUAACAUGCCCCGAGCGAGCGACACGAUCCCCAUGAUCGAGAAGCUUCAGUACGACCGCAAAUACGAAAAGGCCUUCAUGCACGUGUUUGGCAAGACCAUUAUCUGCCCCAACCUGCAGGUCGCUUCGCAGUAUGCCCGGAGCCACGGUGUCAACGCAAUCACACCGGAGGGUGAUCGUUCGGACAAGAGGGGUGCCCUUACCGGUGGUUUUCACGACUCGCGACAGUCCCGCCUCGAUGCAGUGAAAAACCUGUCGAAGUGGAGGGAUGAGUUUGAGACAAAAAAGAGCCGUGGGGUGGAGAUCAGGAAAGAGCUGGAAACCUUGGAUCAACUCAUCACCAAAUCAGUCGGUGAGCUACAGAAGUUGGAGCAACAGAGACACCAGGUGCAGAACAGCAGCGGGCCCAUGCGACAAGAGCUGCGGGCCAAGCGCGACCUCCUCCAAAAGAAGAUCGACGGCCUAGACGCUAAGAGGCGCGCAAUCCGCAACAUCGAAAGCAAUCUCGCCGCGUUGACUGAUCAAGUGAAGGCAUUUGAGGCGGAACUGUCCUCGGCGUUCCAGAAGGCGCUCAGCAACGAGGAAGAAACACGCUUAGACACCCUCAACAACACGGCCCAAGACCUCCGUCGGCAGUACCAGGAGCUUUCUAGCCAACGCAGUGAGCUCGAGGCACGAAAGUCGAUCCUCGAGGUCGAACUGCGGGAGAACCUCAACCCGCGCCUUGACCAGCUUGUCGGGCAGGACAUUGACAUGGCGGAGGACGACAGCCAAGGCAACCUCAAGGAGACGCAACGUGAAAUGAAGCGCCUCAACAAGGCCCUGGACAAGCUUGGCCAGCGUCUCCAACAGGUUGACGACUCCAUCGACCAAGCGAACGGUCGUGUGGGCGAGCUCCAACAGAGGAACGCCGAAACCCGACGGGAGAUGGAAGAACUGGCGAAGUCGAUCGAGAAGCACCAGCGUCGCAUGGAGAAGAGCAUGCAGAAGAAGGCCGCAUUGAGCAAGCAAGCCGGUGAAUGUGCCGCCAACAUCCGAGACCUGGGAGUCCUUCCCGACGAGGCGUUCACCAAGUACAAAAACACGGAAACGAACGCCGUGGUCAAGAAGCUCCACAAAGUCAACGAGGGCCUGAAGAAGUACUCCCACGUCAACAAGAAGGCGUUCGAGCAGUACAACAGUUUCACCAAGCAGCGCGAGGCGCUGACGAGCCGGCGAAGCGAACUCGAAGCCUCGGAGAAGUCGAUUGAGGAUCUCAUCAACGUUCUCGAUCAACGCAAGGACGAGGCUAUCGAGCGAACCUUCAAGCAGGUGUCUCGCGAGUUCCACAACGUCUUCGAAAAGCUCGUCCCCGCUGGCCGUGGACGCCUGAUCAUCCAGCGGAAGACCGACCACGCCGCGCGGCAGGCGGAUGACCUCGAGUCCGAGGACGAGGAGGCGCGGCAAAGCGUCGAGAACUACAUCGGCGUCGGAAUCAGCGUCAGCUUCAACAGCAAACAUGACGACCAGCAGCGUAUCCAGCAACUCAGUGGUGGACAAAAGAGUCUCUGCGCCCUUGCCCUGGUCUUUGCCAUCCAGGCGUGUGACCCGGCGCCCUUCUACCUGUUCGACGAGAUCGACGCCAACCUCGACGCGCAAUACCGUACCGCAGUGGCGCAGAUGCUGAAGUCGAUCUCGGACUCGACCAACGGCCAAUUCAUCUGCACAACCUUCCGGCCGGAGAUGCUGCACGUGGCUGAGAAAUGCUACGGAGUCAGUUUCCGGCAGAAGGCCAGUACGAUCGACGUGGUGUCGCGGGAAGAGGCGCUGAAGUUUGUGGAAGAGCAGAAGUCGUGAUGUUCCUCCUGGGUAAUGAUACGAACGGGUGCAGGCGUAUUUGAUGGUCAUGUUUUCUUCUUUUUUUUUUUAUUCCGACUUGCCUUCUGAUGUUGAAUGUAUGGUGCGUUGCCUGGGAAGCUUUUUCUGAGGCGUGGCUGUUUCUGUUCUCUGUACCCUAACGAUCGGUCCGGCCGGUCUGGUCGGUGCAAUGUUCGAGAUUCCCAAUCUUAAGUUUGAUGAUUCU